CAGUAAUACGUCACACUCUCGUUUAUUUAUUGUGUUAUACCCAAGUUUAUUUUAUUCUUGUAUUUUUACGUGCAAAAAUGUGGAAAGUGCAGGCCCUUGUCGUGCACCUCUUGUUGAUGGGAUCCAUUCUGAGCACUUAUUUCCAACCAACUUUGCUGCCGAACCUCGUGCCGCAAAAGACUUUGCGGGAUUGGGGAUUUGAGCCGCCAGCGGAUCGAUUGGUGGUAUUUCUGACCGAUGGCCUAAGAGCAGCUACCUUUCUCGCCAAUAAUGGUAGCGAUGUUCCGGACCUCAGGGAUAUAUUCCGGAAGCAGGGGCGAAUUGGUAUAUCCCGCACCUGUGCUCCCACAAUGACGCGCCCUGGACACAUUGCCAUUUUCGGUGGCUUCGACGAGGAUCCGGCAGCGGCGCUGGUCAACUUUCGCUACAACCCCAGCAAAUUCGACACCGUCUUCAAUCGCAGCAGAAAUACCAUUGGCUGGGCCCACAGAAACGUGGUGAAUUUCUUCAUAAACCUGCCGCACGGAGGUGCCCCCUUGCGAUUCGAGUCCUACAUGGAGAGGGAAUUGCCGGAAAAGCUCACAUGCGACAAGUGGACUUUCGAAAAGGUUCAAAAAUUCUUCAAGAACGGCGAUAAUGUUCGGGAAUUUCGCCACCUCAAGUCGGUCGUGUUUUUCGUCUACUUGGGCGACAUGGACAUAGCUGCCCAUCGGUUCAAGCCCCUCAGCAAAAAGUUUAACAAGAAGCUUCAGUACACACAGCGGGGAAUUCGCACGACCUAUGAACUCUUCGAGCGGGUCUUUAAUGACAGUCGAACGGCCUAUUUAUUGACAUCCGAUCAUGGCAUGAGUGACGAGGGAAUCCAUGGCGGUGGAUCCGCACUUGAAGUUGAAACGCCUUUGUUUAUGUGGGGAGCUGGUGUGAAUCGGGAACAAACGGAUUCCGAAGCCAAUUUCCCUGGCAAAUCCAACAUUUCAGAGCUGGAUCAGACUCAACUGGCGCCGCUAAUGUCGGCUUUGAUUGGCCUGCCACCGCCGAUGAACAAUUUAGCCCUAAUGCCAGUGGGCUACCUAAAUGUAAGCGCCGAAUACGAAGUUAUGGCCUUGCACCUGAACGUCCUGCAAUUAAUGUGCCAAGCUGAAGUUCUUAUUCAACGAUUCGAGAGCGCCAUUUUCUUCAAGUGGCUACCUAAGUUCAUGGAUCUGGACUUGGAACAGAUUAAUCAGUAUGCAAGUAAGUUGAUUGCCCUGAAAGCACAAGGCAAUAUCAAAGAGGCAAUGGAGACUUGCCAAAAAUUCGGAAAGUCAGCUCAGAAAUGCUUGGCGUACUACCAUAACUACUAUUUUCUGCCCCUGAUGGUGGCCACUACUUUAUCCUACCUCAUUUGGUUCUACUGUCUCAUUCUUCAACUAAAUCGAUUAUGCAAAGAGGAGAAAGAGGAGAGAAAGGGUUUUGCGACUUUCUCAACCCUGAUAUUAGUGCUCUUGGGAAUUGUAUUUCUAAUUUUGUUUCGGCUGCAAAAUGUGUCGCAUAUUAAUACUUUUUAUCUCCUGUUACCGGUUGGCAUGCUAAUAAUGGCUCAGGCAGAACGACCCACCAAAAGUGGCUGGACUAUGACCCUGACACCAAUAUGGCACUUUAGCUGCAUUUUGCUGCCAGCUGGUCUAUUGAUACUGAUGACUUUCGUUUAUCGUCACCUCUGGCUGCUAUAUGCUGUCUCUGUGCUCCUGAACAAUCGAAGGGCUUUCCUGAGGCGCUCCUUGAAGUUUUUUAUAUGGCUGGCCCUGGUCUCACUUCUAUGUGGAAUGCUGUUCUUACUGAACUUUAAAACCGUACUCAAGAGACUUCCCCUUAAAAACUACCACGUCCUGUAUAUCAGCAUGUUGUUGGCUAUUUUCCGUCCUUUGAUCCUGGGACAUCGACAUGAUCCCCGGGUCUGGGCAGUCAAUUCGAUGGCUCUGAUAGCCGGAGCCAUUGGAGUUUAUCAAUAUGAAGUUAAGGAGAAGGUGUCUGUUUAUAUCUAUGCCGCAACCUGGUCGUUUCUGCUCUUCGCCUUUCUCUCGAUCCGAUACUUUGAAAGGACCACUUCGAUGGCCAGAAGAAAAUUGGAACUUAUUACCAUCAACAUGGUCACUAUCAUCACUCUGCUGUCCACUUCUUGGGGUUCAUUAAACGUGCAAAUCGUGAUAACCGAAUUUGUAUUGGGCCUCCAGGUGUAUGAGGACUCAAGGCGAAGCAAAGAAGUUGAAGAUCUGGAGGUGGAGCACGAUCCUCUGAAGAGCCUGAAACGAUUCUACCGCUAUGCAUUCAUGACUCUCCUGUAUUUCUAUGUAGCCUUUUCCCUGGCUGGACACUGGCUGUCCACCUUUUUGUUCAAGUCGACAACCGCCCGACUGUUUUACCCACACUUUUCUCUGUACUUGUCGGGCAGUCUGCUGAUUCUUAAGAUUUUCCUUCCCUCCCUCAUCGUUAUCUCGGCCCUGUAUGCCAUGGUUCCAUUUUUUCGGAAAAACACCAGAGCGAUUUUAAUCUGCGUUUUCCUCAUCAGCGACGCCAUGGGCCUGUACAUGUAUUACUUUGUGAGAAAUCGGGGAACUUGGCCUACGAUACGCAAGUUUCUGGAUCAGGCAUUGCUGACCCAUGCUGUUAACUUCAUGCUACUGGGGUGUGUUUGCUUGGCCAAGAUUUUCCUGGCCAAUACAGCAAUGGAAAAGCCAGGAAAUACAAAUGUCAGAUCUACUCGAAGAAAUUCAUCAACUGAAGAUACUAGGAUUUAAAAAUGUUUGUUGAAACUGUAACCAAAUUCUGGAAGUCAGUAGAGAACAAAAUAUACAAAUAUGCAACUAU